CAGGAUACAGGAAAUACGGUAACAGCGAAACCAGGAGGAAGCCAGCCCCGUGCCUAGAGGGGAUCCGCCAUCUCACAUCUCUCGGCCUUGCCAGGGCCCACCAGAGAAAACUGAGGCUCUGGUCCUGUCAUACCUAUGGGGGACCAACCUUAUGCCUCCGGGAGAUCCACGCUCCCUCCAGGAAAUACGCGGGAACCCAAGCCUCCAAAAAAGCGCUGUCUCCUGGCUCCGCGGUGGGAUUAUCCAGAAGGGACUCCCAGUGGAGGUAGUACCACUCUCCCCUCGGCGGCGCCUCCUCCUGCAUCUGCUGGACUGAAGUCUCACCCUCCUCCUCCGGAGAAGUAGUGAAAUAGAUUUUUUUUUUCCCCAGCCAAAAUCAGUCUUUGAGGGAUUGCAGUAUGACUCCAUUUUCUUGGUGUAUUUGUAAAAUAGUUCAUUCAUUGAAGACCAUGAAGAUUCUUUCCAAUGCAACCCUGCUUUUGCUGGUGUACUGCACCACUUGGAAGUCAUGAUGCUAAAGUAUUAUGAUGUAAUGACAGAUUUCACCUCCAGAAUUUGGAUGAAUCUAGGACAUGGGCAAGAUCA